GUUAAAAUUUUUAUUCACAGCGUCAAAAGUCUCAUUUUAUGUGGAUAAAUCUUUUAUAGACUAAUCUAAAGUCUAAUGUUGGAAUUCUGGUCUUUAUAAAAUAGUUGAUUACUGUAGAAGAACAGGAAAUAAUCUUAUUAUCUCAUUAUAUUCUUCAGUCAAGAUCAAACUUUCCACUGAAAACUUGUAAUUCUGGUUUUCAUGAAGAAUAAUUCUUCUCUAACUGAGCCUGAUAAACUGGGUUCUAGAAGUCCCUGGGAUGUGUCUCUGAUUUUUACACCUGAAAUGAAGGUUUACUGUGCAGUUCUCUUCAUUCUAUUCCUCGUCACUUUCCUGUUGGUCGUAGCAGUGGUUCUUUGUGUCAAGUCCUGUUUAGCUCAGAGAGGAUUUGGAGCUGAAUGUUUUGGGAUUGCAAAAUAUGAUUUCACAUGCCAACACAUCUGCAGCGAAUUAUCUUAUUUCUCUGAAACACUAAAAUCAGCCAACACACCCUGGUUUAGGACAAAAGACGGGUUGUGUGGAAAAGAAUUCUGCCGGAGUUUAGAUUGUAGUUGCUGGAAUAUUUCUUUCAAAAAGGUUGUAGAUUGUAAUUGUGACUAUGGGGACCCAUAUUGUGGAAACUGGAACUGCUUUUGUAUUCAAUUAAAAAUCAGAAGGUUUGGUUGUCAAACAAAUGAAGUCGCGAUUGCUUAGAAGAAAAUUGUGAAGUUUGAAUUCAAAGUUCUACAUACCUUAAUUUUCUAAUCUCUGCGUCUUUUGAACCUGAUUGUGUGAACCGUUGAUAUUUUAAACAAUUAGAUCUGAAACACCUUUAAAAUAUCAAAGCUUUACGAGUACUACGACAUCGGGUUAACAGAUACGAGGAAUGCCCAUUAAAGUUUACGAAUUUUGUUUAAAAGUACUUUUAGACAUCUCAGCCAUCUAUUUUUUUCUUAAAAGGCACACUUAUAUUUAUACCGGUUUAAUUUUCUGACCAGCUAUUGUCAAUCAGAUAAUUAUGUUGGACGCAAUUAGAUUUCUCCUAAGAGACGUAAACGUUGCUUGCUUAUAAAAGAUUUUACCUAUAAACUCCAACUUUACCCAUUGAUGCGUGUUCUAGAGGUUGGGUAUAUUUAAGAUCAAAGCCUUUUUUGUAGAAAAGGUCCGUGAGGGCUUUUAUAGUUGUAAUAUACGUUUCAACAAACUAAUAGCUUUUCCCAACACCUCUUUGGAGCAAAUGUUGUCCAAAUCUUUGCCAUUUUUCAAAUCUUGCUUUACAACAUUGUCUGCAGCAGCAUUUCACUUGAUAGACUUAUUUAACUUUAUCAACUAAGAAUCAUCGCGAAUUUAGCCCGAGAAACUUUGAAUUUUUCAACUGUUUGUGAGGUUGUUGUGAAUUUUUCCUGCUCAGACAUUUCCUCUUUCUGCCAACACUCUCCACUAUACUUUUCCUCUUUUAGUCCGCACGUAGACUGUUGCCGUGUCCAUAUUAAUUCCUCUAAUGCAUUGUCCUCUUUCCCAUGUUGGUAUCAAAAACGUUCCCGUACUGUGACAGCGGAGCUGAACAAUCUCUGGGAAAAUGCGAAUUACAUAGAAAUAAAAGGUUUGACGAAUAAAGUCCAUUGUAGGAGACAAGCGUGUGAUAUGCUGAGACGACUAGAAGUACAUUAAAAAAUAUUUUCGCAAAACUUUUUGGGUAUUAGGGUAAGAAAAAUAAGAAUUUGAGCUAAAAGUGUGCUGUUCCUUUUGAUCUCAAUUUGAUUUUGGAUUCAAUCUUAAUAAAUAUAAAUGUAAAUAUACAUAUAUAUAUUAUGUGUGCUGCAAAUUGAUAUGUGUACAUAUGUAAUGAUGCCUUUUAGUAUUUUUUAUACAAAGGAACUGUAGACAUAAA